AUGAUCUGGUUGCAGAGAGUCCUGGACGUGAUAGUCGGUGCUGGUCUCACGAUAAAUCGACAAAAGAGUGAGUUCUCUUGCGAAGAGGUAAAAUACCUUGGAUACAUGGUCAACCAGUCAGACUUAAAAACCCUCAGGCGAUUUCUGGGAAUAGUCUUUUGGUAUUGGAAGUAUAUAAAAGACUUUGCCACUAUAGUCGAACCCUUAUUUCGUCUAUUAAAGAAGAAUCGGAGGUUCGUAUUAGGUGAGGAGCAACAAAAGUCUUUCAAAACUUUAAAAGUAGCUUUGAUCUCUACUCCCACGUUAGCGGGACCAGACAUUAUUCUACCCUUUAUUCUUCAGACUCGGAGAAUCUUCAACCGCGGACGUCUCGGGCAUCGGGAGUGA